AUGAGACUUAUGACACCGGCCGCCGCUGAACUAUCCCGACGUGGGGCUCUUGAUGCCAGAUACCUCCUAAACCCUAACCACGUCAAUCUAAGUGUCACAUCUUCCUUCUCUAAACCUGAAUCCAACAUGAGAUCGCUGUGUGAUUGUGAGAACUCAAAUCCUCAGCUUAAGAACGCCGUUUCAGCUUUCCAGCAAGCGGUCGACUCCGGUGGCUCUCUUUCCUUCCCCGGAAACAGUCUCAUGGCAGCGCUGGUACGUUCUAGGAACCACGAGCUCGCAUUUUCCGUUUACCGCAAGAUGCUCGAGACGAGUACCUUCAUCAAUUUCGUAUCGCUGAGUGGUUUGCUCGAAUGUUUCCUGCAAUUACAUCGUAACACCGGAUUCGCGUUAGGUGUUCUCGCGUUGAUGUUAAAGCGUGGGUUUGCUUUCAGUGUCUACAAUCUCAACAUCCUCUUAAAGGGUCUCUGCAAGAAUCGCGAGUGCGGUAAGGCUAUGAGUCUGCUUCGAGAUAUGAAACAGAGUGCUCUGUUUCCUGAUGUUGUUAGCUACAACACUGUUAUAAGAGGUUUAUGCCAAGUGAAAGACUUGGAGAAAGCGUUGGAAUUGGCUAACGAAAUGCAAUCCAGUGAGUGUUCCUGGAGCUUGGUGACUUGUGGGAUCCUCAUUGAUGCCUUUUGCAAAGCAGGUAAGAUGGAAGAAGCCAUGGGAUUUUUCAAUGAGAUGAAACGUAACAAGGGUUUAGAGGCGGAUCUUGUUUUGUAUACUACACUUAUUCGAGGCUUCUGUGAUUGUGGUGACUCGGAGAGAGCUAAGGAGCUCUUCGAUGAGAUUCUGGAGAAAGGCUUCUCUCCCUCUGCAAUUACCUAUAACACUCUUAUUCGUGGUUUCUGCAAGUCAGGACAGUUGAAAGAAGCCUCGCAGAUGUUUCAUCUUAUGAUGGAAAGAGGAGUUCGUCCGAAUGUUUAUACGUAUACGGUUCUGAUUGAUGGCCUUUGCGGAGCAGGUAAGACUAAGGAAGCCCUUCAGCUUUUGAAUCUCAUGUUAGAGAACGAUGAAGAACCAAACGUUGUGACGUAUAACGUUAUUCUUAACAAGCUGUGCAAGGACGGCCUUGUGAAGGAUGCUUUAGAGGUUGUGGAGUUAAUGAAGAAGAAGGGUACAAGACCUGAUACCAUAGGAUACAAUGUUUUACUGGGAGGGCUCUGUGCCAAAGGUGACCUUUACGAAGCAAAGAAGCUUCUGUAUUUGAUGCUGAAUGAUAGGAACUAUGCGGAUCCAGAUGUUAUAUCAUUUAAUGCGCUAAUCCACGGGCUGUGCAAGGAAAGCCGUCUUCAUGAAGCUUUAGAUACUUAUGAUUUGCUGGUUGAGAAAUUGGGAGCUGCAGAUAUAGUGACUACGAAUAUAUUGCUUAAUAGCACACUCAAGUCUGGAGAUGUAAAGAAGGCAAUGGAACUUUGGAGACAGAUUCCUGAUUCCAAAAUUGUAGCGAACUCAGAUACCUAUUCUACUAUGAUUGAUGGGUUUUGCAAAACCGGCAUGCUUAAUGUUGCUAAAGGACUGUUUUGUAAAAUGAGAGGGUCUAAGCUACGGCCUUGUGUUGUCGACUACAACUGUCUGAUGUCAUCAUUAUGCAAAGAGGGAAGCUUGGAACAGGCAUGGAGAUUAUUUGAGGAAAUGCAGCGUGACGACAUACAACCAGACAUUGUUUCUUUCAAUAUUAUGAUUGAUGGAAAUCUUAAAGCAGGGGAUAUUGAAUCUGCAGAAUCACUUCUUGCUGGGAUGUCUCAAGCUGGUCUUUCACCUGAUUUAUUUACUUAUUCGAAGCUAAUAAAUAGGUUCCUGAAACUUGGAUAUUUAGACGAGGCCAUCAGUUUCUUUGACAGAAUGGUUGAGAGCGGCUUUGAACCUGAUGCUCAUGUUUGCGAUUCUGUGUUGAAGUAUUGUAUUUCACAGGGAGAAACAGACAAGUUGAAGGAACUUGUCAAAAAGCUGGCGGAGAAAGAUAUCGUCCUCGACAAAGAACUAACGUGUACAGUCAUGGAAUUCAUGUGUAGCAGCUCAGCAAACAUGGAUCCUGCAAUGCGGUUGCUAAGAGUAGCAGAUGAUAAAAAGGAAGGUGAUAAGUAG